AGCCUAGUGAUUCGCAAUCAACGAAAGUAAAAAGUUGUUAGCUAUAAAUAAAGAAAUGCAGUGAAAAAUUGGUUCAGCUGUCUGGAAUUUGAGGAAUCUUGAAUCAAUGGCUCCUGUAAAUCGCCCCGUUUCUUUCCCCCAUUGAAUUGUCGCCAUUUGUAUCCUUCGCUAAAGCUCUUUUUAGCCCUUUUCCUAGGGCUUCCUUUCCCCCCUUAUAAAUCCCCUCGUCACCCCAAUUUCCGCGUCGUGCUGCUUGCUCUUGCGCUAAAGAUUCAAUUUUCGAAAGGUUGGGUUGUGGAAUUCAUCACUUGAUUGGUUUGUUCUUUAUUUUGCUAUAAAGGAUUGGACACUCAGAGAGUCAGAGUUAUCCGUGAAAGACAGUAUAUAUCUGCUGAAAUGGAUGAUGGGGAGCUUGAUUUCCCAAAUGACCAAAUGUUGUCAUGCUUGGACAUAACUAAUGCUCAGAGCAGUUGCUCGUUCGACAUAGACGAGUUUCUUAGUCGGACGCAGUCUUGCAAUGAUGCCCUUGGUCGAACAGAGGCUUACACCGAUGGUCUUGGUCGAACACAGGCCUGCACUCAUGCUCAUGCUUGCAACCCGUCGGGCCCUGAUCAAUCCCACACGCAUACGUGCAUUCAUGUCCACACGCAAAUUAUGCCCUCCCCUAGUGAAGGUCAGGACCCCAGCGACGACACCGCUGAAUCGGUGGAUAAGAAAUCUAAAAAGAGGCCGUUGGGCAACCGUGAAGCUGUACGUAAGUACAGGGAGAAGAAGAAAGCUAGGGCUGCAUCGUUGGAGGAUGAGGUUAUCAGGUUGAGGGCUUUGAACCAGCAGCUAAUGAAGAGGCUCCAGGGUCAGGCGUUGCUGGAGGCCGAGGUUGCUAGGCUUAAGUGCUUGCUCGUGGACAUCAGAGGGAGGAUUGAGGGAGAAAUUGGAUCUUUCCCUUACCAGAAGCCGAACAAGAGUGAGGAUGUCUAUCAGAACAUGGCGAAUCCUAAUAAUCCUGGAAGAUACGUGAUCAAUCCGUGUAAUAUGCAGCGUAAUGAUCCGCUUUACUGCAUUCAUCCUGGAUCAGAAGCGGCGUUAAGUGGGCAAGGCCUUGGGGAUUGUGGGUUUGACAAUCUUCAAUGUCCGGGAAAUCAAAAUUCUGAUCCGGAGGAAUUCCCUGAUUGUGGACUCGGCAAUGUUAACCUUGUUUCUAAUGCCAAUGCUUCCAGUGGAAGUAAAAGAAAAGGCUCGCGUGCUGCAAUGGUUAGGUGAAGAGCUGGUCAGAUGGGGGCGAUCUCAACGUUGAGAACGAGCAUUCCCCCUGGCUCAUUUCCAUCCUCAAUUUUGAGAUCAGCAGCAGCCCCAUCACCUCCCUCUAAUAAGCUAGAGUUGGCCAUGCAUAAAAUUGGUGGGUUUUGUGUACAGUAGUUUCCAUAUUCUAUGCAGUGUAAAGCAAAAGCAUCGGAGCAAUAGCUAGCAGAAGUCGAGGAGAGGACUAAUCUUUUGGGUUUUUAAGCUUUCCUAGGUUUACUCUUAUCAGCCUCCAGGUAUUCACAAGGCACCAGAACUCGUUUUAUUUCGUUUUUUGAUGUGUUCUCGACUGUAUUUUCUUCCCUUUCUCGGAAUGUUGUUUCUCUAAUUUGGAAACGUGAAGUAUCAUGCAAUGUGGAGUUCUAUCUAUAAUCAUGUGCCAUGAGCAAAUAUUAUUGUUUGCCAUGAUCUGGCUAGAAA